GAUGCGCAGGAGGAUGCGACACGGGCGAAAAAAAGUUUGAAGAUGCCGUACACAGCACUGGUGUUUAGAUGGUGGAAAUAAAGCCGCAUCCAGGAAACCGAGCCCUAGUCUGAUGCGACGAGCGCUUUCCCUCGACUGUGUGAACAUAUAUGCGCUAGUCUUCGGUGGAUCCACCUGCGACUGUGAGCCAGCCUACAGGAUGAACUUUAAGAACUUGAAGGACUACCUGGCCUGGCUAUACUACCAAUAUCUGCUCAUCACUGGCAUCUAUGUCCUGGAACCCUGGGAGAAGUCCAUCUUCAACUUCAUCCUCUUCUCCGCCAUCGCCAUGGUGAUCUACACCUCAUAUGUUUUUGUGCCCAUCCAUGUGCGCCUGGCUCUGGAGUUUUUCUUCGGGAUCUUUGGUGGCCAGCCUGAGAGCACCAUGGCACUCAUGAACUAAGUGGAGAGGGAAGAUGAAUGAAUGGAGCAGAGGAGGACAAGAGGUAGCGACCGGGUAGACUAGCAUGAAUCCUUAACUCCGUAUCUAACUUGAGUCCUGAGUCCACUGUCCCCCACCCCGAGCCCAACCACUCCUCUUUACACCACUCUCAUCUUCUCACCCGAUCCCGAACCACAGUGCUCUAUCAACUCAGCCAAACGAGGCUGGAUGCAGGAAGUUCUUAUGGAAUGUUCUGGAAAUCAGAGCCUUACUGUCUUCUUUAAAUACAAACCCCUCUGGCCUUACCCCAUGGUAUUACACAUAUUACUGUACAUUACUUUCACACACCCCCCGCUGUGAAAUGUUUUGUGAAAUGUUGGUUGUCCCAUUUCUGUUUUUGUUUUUAUUCCCAUAUGUCCUGUGUGAGUGCAUACCACCUCUGGGUUUUGCAUGAUAGGUAAUAUGUGGGUGGCAGAUUUGCAUGCUUGUGUCACUAUAGGUACCUUGCCACUACUACACUUCCUUGCUUCCAUCAUGCCUUCUGCAUGCAAGUCUGUGUAUGUGUGUAUGUACAGUAUGUGUGUCUGCGUGCGUUAAUCAGCCUAAUCUAUAAUGCCAUUUUAUCACUGAUUGUAAAUUGCUGUUUGAUGAAGAGUUUGACAGUACUGGUCCUAACAUCUAUGAUGUGCACUUAACUUUACCGGUUGAUCUAUGGUUUUGCAUCAGAGCCACUGUCACCUUCUGUUUUGUUUAAUUACCUUGAUGCACUGUAAUGCUAAAUGGCAUAUUUCAUGAAAUCAUCAUGCAGAUAGUGUUUUAAGGGAGAGAGAAGGAUCAAUAGAAAAGCCACAGCUAUGCAAUGAAGCCAAAAGUGUCAAGAUCAGGGAAUUGUUAAACAGUUGUGGAAUGUUUCUCCCCUGCCUACAUUUAUCGAAUUAUUGGUGAAACUGAGGUAUAUGAUGUAACUAUUGUAUAGGCGUGUGUGUUGAGCUCUCUCUUUAUCUCCAGUGUUUUAACUGUUGGUAUCUCAGAGAGGUGUGCUUAACGCCAAGCAUAAGUAAAUAUUGAUACAACACGCCUUUGUAUUUUUGACUCGGCUUUGUUAAUGACAUGGCUUUGCUUGAUCAACAGCCUCUGAACUCAAAAUGGAUCUGUUUGGAAUCACAUCCCAAAUGCAGAGUUACUUCAGUCAAACUGGCCUGAAUGAAAAGCAAAGUCUUUGGACUGGCCAACCAAAACACUCUCUUCCUUUACUAUAGUUGAACUGUAGAGACUGACCUGGAGAGAAUGACCUGGAAAUUUGCUCUAUUGUAUCUGCUAGUCAUUUCAUUAGUUUGUGUCUUUGAGAUCAUGUUGAUUUAUCUGCUUUGGGUUAAGGGCUUGCUGAUUACAAUCUGUACAUGAUCUAUAAGUUAACUUUAUUUAUAUGGAGUUAUAUAUUUAUAUAUAUCCUGGUAAAGCUUGGCUGAUUACAAUGUCAAUUACCAAACUUGUUCAAUUAUUUAUAUCUGUGUUCUCCUGUGGCCAUAUACAAUGCAGAAUUUGUUCUUUUUUUUUCCACCUGAAAGUGCUUUUAUACAUUACAGUUUGUGUCAUUUCAUUUCAAUUUGUAUUGAAUUGUUGCAGUAUAGUCCCUGACAUUUCCUGUUCCAAGAAUGAGGAGCUCUCAGAGAGGCUUUAAUAAGGCAGUAGAUGUCUGUGUGUCCUUGCUCACAAAUAUGUAUGUUUUACUUACAUAUAAUAGCAACCCAUCACUGCAAUGUUCAGAAAAUAAAGACCUAA